GACAAACUUGCAUAAGCCUUCCCGUCCGAUUCUCUUCCCGGAUGCGCUGCCCUAAUCUUCUUCACCAAAAAUUCGCUGAUUUUUCGCGAUAAUCUUCGCCGAAGGAAAGGAAAUCUGCACCAUAGACAAAAUCCGCUGAUUCUUUGCGGAUUUUUCGCGUCAGUUUUGAGAUCUAGAACGUCAAGAUCCACUUAUUCUUUGGCUUCAAUUCUAGAAUCAGGUUUGUUUCCAAUAUUCAAUUGGUAAUUUCAUGGAUUUCGAUUCUCUAUUCUCAAUUUCCCUGAUUGCGAUCGGAAGGACGUGAAGGAGAUUUCCCUGGCUGAAAGUGGCGGCCAUGGCUAACUUCGGCUGGGCUUGGGUUAUAAUCCACUCAUUCUGAGAUUUCCCAAUGGUUAAUAUUUGUUGAUGGAUAGAGAACAAGAUAAACAGGCAGGUGACAUUCUCAAAGAGGAGAAGUGGUUUGGUCAAGAAAGCCCAUGAAAUCUCUGUUCUUUGUGAUCGAUGCAGAGGUUGCCUUGAUUGUCUUCUCCCAUAAAGGAAGGCUCUUUGAUUACUCCACUGAUUCUUGGUAUUUUAUUUUCUUUCUUUCUUUCUUUUUCUUUAAUUAAUCAUAAUAUUAUAUGAUAUGAUAUGAUGAGUUUUCAAGAUUGAAUUCUAUCUUUCACAGAUGAGCUUUGCUUGCUUGCUAGGGUUUGUUUCUUUUUUAUUUAAUUUCCAAUUUCAUAUAUGACACAUCUCUUCAAUUCUUUACACAUAUUUGAUUCGUUAUUCUUUCUUUCUUGUGCAUUUCUACAUAUAUAAUUCCAUCAGAUUUAUUAGCUGGCUGGAGAUUCAAUUCGCUACUUUCGUAACCCUAGCGCCAGAAUGAAGACAAAGCAUAGAGUGGGUAACAAUGCAAUGAUGAUGAAUAGCAGCGCCAGACUAGGGCUUUACCUAAAAGCAUCGACGACGGCGCAUCACAACCGCACAGAGAUUCAGAGACGAGGGUAUUUUAUUUUUCUCUUGAUUUAAUUUUUAAAAUUUGGACUUCUCAAACAACCAAUGAAAUAGAUAUCAUUUUUUCAUAUUUAAUUUUACUAUUUUUACAUUUUCUAUAACAUGAUAUUUUUGAGUCCAUGGGCUGUUUGUUGAUGGGCUGAAUUUCAGUGGUGGACAUUAGAGAAAUAAGUGACCUGGCACAUAAGCACAAUGUAUAUGUUAGCAGUGGUGGUUGUAUUGAGAAUCUUCUUCGUAAAGGUCCUUCAAAUCUUAAUGAAUAGAUUGAGGUACACGGGGAAGAUGGAUAUUUUUUCCUUCUUCAAAUGCACACUACUAUAUUAUUAACACUUGUGAGUUAUUUGUAAUGAAGUUUUGCUAGGAAUGCAAGCAAUUAGGCUUUGAUUCCAUUGAGAUUGACUUUACUUCCUUAGGUCUUAUGGAGGAAACUCUUGUGAGAUAUGUGCGGUUGAUCAAGAGUGGGGAACUUGUGAGAUAUGUGAGAUUGACUUUACUUCCUUUGUUUUGUGCUAAUAAGUUUUCCGAUUUUGAAACUUUUAUGGUAUUUCAAAGAAAUGUUAUUCUUCAUUUAGAUAAUUGAUGUUAUUAGUGGUGGAAAAUGUUGACACAGAAUCAUGUGAUUUUAGAAACAAUGAUGCUGAAUAUUCUUUAUAUUCAAACAAUAUCAAGGUUAAUGGAUUCGCUUCUAUAGAUCUACCUAUUUGUUUACCAAAAUAUUUGAAUUCAUAUGUAAUAUCUUGAUGCGUUAUAUCACGACCAAGAUAGGUCUCUAUUCUGUUUAUUUAAUUUUAGUUUUAAUAACACACCAUGGUAUUUUAAAGAUUUGUUGCAUUGCUUGGCAACAAUGCUAAACGUGGCAGUGACCAUAUCUUCAAGAUGGCUUAGGAAGAUGGAGAUUGAAACACUUAACAACACCUACUAGGGAGUUUUCCCUGAAUAUUGAUGAGGUUGGGGUUUAUGUGGGGCAAUUUGAACAAGAGAUUAUGUCUAGCAGACUUGGUAUAUAAACAUGAGUAUUACCAUUGAUUGCUUUCUAUUUGAGUUAAUUCAUUGAUUGUUGAAUUCUUAGAUUUGCAAAUUGCAUGUUUUUAUACGCAUGUUGUUAUAUGCUCCCACAUUUUUUUGUAUAUGCUAAGUUAUAAAUUCCCCGCUUGGCAAUAUUUUAGUAGUUUGAGGCUAGAAGAGGACAUUUAAUUUACAGUACUUAGACCUCUCUCGCUUUGUAUCUUAUCUAAAAUUUAAUUAUAUCUUUAGUUUUUUAUUUAUUUUUUGAUAUGAGAUUUUAUACGAUUUAAUCAAAAUUUUACACCAUAAACAAUUAGCGGUAUUCUUUUAUUAUUUCGAGUAAAUUUUAGAGGUAAUAUACAAGCUUAUUUUUUAUGUUGAAAGUAGCUUCAAAUUUUAGAUAAGAUACUUUGGCUCUGAUUUUUGCAUUUAACAUAAUUGUAGAUGGGAUGAUUCAGAUCAUUAUACACAAUAGAAGAAAAUGGAUAGGAAGAGGCCGGAGAAGAUAAAGGACAUGCUGAGAUAGCUUUCGUUGUUAUUGUUUUUGGUUCAUCACCAAGUAAAAUGUUUUGCUCUCGAGUACUGUUGUGAUGAAUGACCUUCAAACAACAGUAAGCUUGCUUCCAGAAGUCCUUUAUUUACCAAAAUUCAAAAGACUAACGCUCACAGUGAAGUAUCAAUUGUGGUGCGUAUUGCUUUCUAACAAGCUUAGCAAAGAGCUUUAUUAUCAUUAUGGUGGCUCAUACUUGCCAAGCUCAUUGAUCUUAAAAGCUCUCGCAACUCAAAAGUGUAUUGAAAGCAUGUUCAUGGAGUGCUUGGACUUACAAGGAGAGACUAUUUUGAAAUAUGCUCUAAGUUGUAACCUUUUUAAUACCCUGACAAAAAUGAAAGAUACUAUCUGAUAAACGUGUAUAGGCAAUUUCCAAUGCAACACUUUAUAAGUUUGGCAAGCGAGAAUAAAUAGGUAUUAUUAUU